AUGCUUGGUUUGAAGGCUUUUCCAACACAAAACAAAAACCUAAUUUUCACAGGAAUUGGAUCAAUUAAUAAUGGUAUUAUCAUUUUUUCUUGGUUUGAUAGGAUUUCAAGUUUAAUUAAAGAUAAGAAAACUAUAUUAAUAAUAAAGAUUAACGAGAUUUUUAUAGAGGAGUUAAAAAAUAAAAAAGAUGUUAAGACACUUAGUCCAAGAAUCGAAAAAGUAGUUAAAGUUGAGGAAAUAGAAUGGAAGUUUUAUAUUUGGAUACCUCCUUUAGAAAAGGGAAAUAUUGCAUAUUCAGUAUGCUGUAAGAAUGAAAAAUAUCCACAAAGGUUAAUUUACUCAUAUUUAAGAGAAUUAAACAAAUCUACUUUGAGAAUUGAAAGAAUCAAUGAAAAUAUUCCAAACAAAACAAAUGAGUUGAAUGGAAUAAAAAAUUUCAAGCAGGACAUUAAAAACCUUCUCUCAAAAUAUGAUGACUAUGAGAAUUUUAAUGAAAUCGCUCAGCUAGAAGGCUCAUCAAAAGAAAUUGUCAAUACUAUACAAGAUAACAUCCAAAUUCUAUUAAAUAAUAGGGGGAUUCUUCAAGCAUUAGAUGGACAAGCUGAAAUUCUUGAAGAUGAAACAGAAUCAUUCCUACAGGAAUCUGUUAAAGUUAAGAAAAAGUUCUGGUGGAAAAAUGUUAAAUAUACAUUCAUUCUUGGCUGUAUAAUAUCACUAAUAUUUAUUGUGGUUUUUGCUAAUUUGUUCAAUACCAUAUUUGGAAAUGGAAUCAGUCUUUUGAAUUUGCUCAAAAACUGCUCUACUACAAGCAAAGCCCAUAGUAACACAAAUAAUAACAUAAUCCUUGCUUUGUAA